CAAGCCAUUUUGGUUCAAGCGGCUCAGUGCCCUUGAAGGCGCCGUGGCCGCUCGAGGGGGGUAAAAGAGGGCAGCGGCGCCGCGAAAGGACAGCAUGUGCGGAGGAAAGUGCGGCCUCUUUUGCUUGGGCGUCGUGCUGAUCCCCGUGGCGGUGAUCGCGGCCGUCAUGCUAGAGACACCCGAGGUGCUACUGGAGAAAGACAUGCCCAGCCUGGAGGCCAUCGAGGCGGUGAUGGCCGCGAAGCCCCGGAUCCCCAAGCGGGCGGCCCCGAAGAGCGCGGCGUCCAAGGGGCCCCGGCUCGGUUCGGGGGGCAUGUUCGACAAAAUCGCCUCCGUCUACGACAAGACGAACAAGUGGAUGUCGCUCGGUCUCGACCAGCACUGGCGACAGACCUUGGUCCAGGAGUGCAUGAGCCUCAGCAAGGACGACCGGGUGCUUGAUCUCGCGACGGGCACCGCUGACGUUUCGCUGCUGGUGGCGGCGCGCCUUGCCCAGCUCAGCGACCUCAAGGGCGGCGUCUCGGCGGGCGCGGUGCUCGGGGUCGACCCCAGCACCGAGAUGCUGCGCCGAGGGGUGGAGAAGGUCGACGAGCGCGUCAUGACCGGCAUCGUGCACCUUGUGAAAGGCGACGCGCAGAACUUGUCUACGAUCCAGGCGAUAGACGCGCAGGGCCGGCUCUCGAAGCCGAGCGAGGGCGUCGCCACCGGCAGCAUCGACAAGAUCUCCAUGUCGUUCGGGAUACGGAACGUGCCAGACCGCGCGAAGGCGCUGCGUGAGAUGCGGCGUGCCUUGCGCAGCAGGGAGUCCAGCCGGGUCUGCAUACUCGAGUUCUCGCUGCCCUCUGGGCAGAGCUUGCUAUCCCUCAUCGCCAAGGGGUUCAUCACCCACGUGGUGCCCUUCAUAGGCUGGCUGGCGACCCAGGGCUCCGGCAGCGAGGAGUACGAGUACCUGGAGCGCUCCAUCCUCGACUUCCCGCAGCCCCUGGAGUUCGCUGCGGAGAUGGGGCGCGAGGGGCUGCGGGUGCAGAGCAUCACCAGCUUCGCCUUCGGCGCGGUCCACCUCUACACCGCGGAGCCCGCCACCGACACGCUGCGGGUCUCCACGGCGUACACGGAGCCAAAGUGGUGAGGCGCCCGGCGGCGCCCCGCCUCCGCAGCUCCUGCUCUCCACCCCCCCCGCGAUCGGCAGCAACUCACGGGAGCCCUGGCGGCCCGCGCCCCGCGCCUCUCGGGCGCCUUUUCCAGGCGGCGCCUCGGAGCAGAGGCCCCCGCCGGCCUCUCUGCCAGACCCUGCCCGCCCUGAUCCCGCGCCCAGCCCUCUGCUGCUCUUUUCAUCUUGUCGUCGCUCCUUACUCUCACGUUACUACGCCGCUCCUUUUUAAUCUUACAUUUUCGCGAAGUCAUGUCUGCAAUCAAUGUCUUCAUCGGGUGCGGUUGGCGACGCGCGCGUGCCAGGCAUUCCUGUCAGGCAGUUGUUCAAGGGCGGCAGUUUUCCAGCUGCCUCACCACGAUCGCCGCGCGCGUCAGCUGGGAGAGCGAAGCAGCACCGAAUGAUACAUAGUCCGCUACCCG